GCCUCCAUUUCUUCCAUCCGCCGGUGAUUCUCUUCGGCUCUCUUGCGCUCUUCAUGAAUAACGGUCAUCAGCUCUUGAAUUCGUUCAUCGGCUUUCCUCUUCUCCUCUUUGUAUUCGCGAGAUAGGGACUGAUGCUUCGUAUCCAUCGCAGCUAAUUUACUGAGCGUUUCCGAUUGGACCUUGCGAAGUUCUGCCUGAGUCUCCUUGUCUUUAUUCUCCAAUGCACGCUCGAGAUCAUGCUUUAGGUCCUGUAAUUCUUUCUUGUGCUGGAGUCGCAUCUUUUCCAUUUCUGUGUCUAGCACGACGAAAGCGUCCACAUCAAUGAUGUCCUUCCUCUCCUCAACGAGCUCCUGUUGAAUUCGAAAGGCCUCUGGGUGGUUCUUAAUGAUACUGCGGAUGAUACUAUGCGCAGAUUCCACAGUAUUGUCGUGACGCAUGAACUUCGCACCCUUGUCGUAUGCGGGCUUGAAAAGCUGAUCAUCGGUUUUGAGUUCUCGUUCGCGAGCCUCUCCGAUGGCUAGAGAGACCUCAGACCACAUGUUCGUUACGAUCACGACAUUCUUCAGAUUCGGGUCACCGCAUAGCUUCCUGAACAUGCUGAAAUUCCGAAGGGAGAUCCCACCCAUCUUGAAGUCGGAGAUGCGAUGCAUGUAGAUGAUCCCACUUAAUUUAAAUCCCUUCUCGAACCUUCGUUUGGCGUCAGAAUGUUUUCAAGCUUACAACGAGCUUCAUACACUUACGAAGCGGCAAGAUAUGAGGCUAUUGACUUCAAUAUGUCGCUAUCCGGCACUUUGGAGUCGUCGAAUCCCGGUGUGUCGAUCAUCGUGACAGGGAAGUCGUCAACAAAGAAAGUUCUUGUAUGCGCAACUUCCGUCGUACAUGACUUCAAGUUGCUUGCAACCGCUAGAUCAUCCCAUCCGCAGGCCAAAUUAGCAAACUAAUAGAACAUGAGUGCUGGGCCGUAUAUUGUAUCCGUUGAACCUACGGUGGACUUCCCGGUGCCAGUCGCACCCAUGAGUCUACGAAGAAUAGUCGGCAAGGUCUGAAUCGAUGAUGAUGAAACAUCUACGUACGCGAUUGUAAUACCAUUGGUUGGUAUAUUGAUUGACUGUGGAGGCCCACUCAUCGUUCCUCUGGAUGGAUGGAUGGAUGGGUGAAGAAACGAACUGGGGAUGGAGCACACUUGAUGUUGGAUGUGGGCAGAAGUUGGGGGAUCAAAAGAUAACGGAUAGCGUAGACUCCCACCAGGAUACGCCUAAUGGUACCGCGUCAACGACCGUCCAAAACAAGUUUGGAAGCUAGCCUUUGAAAUGCAAGUCGGGACAAUAGAUAUGUCCGAGACUUCGUUCCCGGAAAAACGACAUUCAUUCACAUGUAGGGAUACCCUGGCGUUAGCCGGGCGUUCUAUGUCAAAAUGAUGAAUGGUCAAGGCCGUAGAUUCACACCAAAAAUGAUAUCCUAUCAGAUACCACUGCUGUCAAGUCAGCAAGCAUGGAAUGCAGUCCUCCAAAACACCCGAUGCGUGGACUUUGGGGUCAAGAGGGCCUUUUGCACUGGGUGCGGCACUGAUAAUGACGAGCUAUAUCUAAAUAUGAGAGAUUACGCCGAAGAAGUUACACCUUGGCGCCGAGCGCGGGUCCAGUUGGACAUGCGACAGAACGUUAACUAUUCAUGGUCGGCACGCAAGGCAGCACAAUCAAAGACGCCUACAUGAGAAUCCCUCAUUGCUUGGACGCCUGCACACACAUGUCGACAAUCACGCCGACAUUUCCCAAGACUGCGCCUUCAAGUGCCUGCGCUGCUGCGUCUUCUUGCACUGUGGUAUUCUUGUUUAAUCGAGGUCCAAGAUGUCCAAUAGCUCGUUUCCCGGGAUUAUAGUAGUCAUGGGCGCAACGGGCACCGGAAAGUCUCAGUUCAUCAAUGUUGCCACGGACUCCGGAUUUGAGGUCGGCGAAGGCUUGAAGUCUUGUACGACAGACGUUGCAGUAUCCCCACCAAUUCAAUACAACGGAGGUUCCGUGGUCCUUGUGGAUACGCCUGGUUUUGACGAUACAAUGACGUCAGAUAUGGUCAUUCUCGCUAGGAUUGGGGCAUAUCUGGAGAGAAUCUAUCGUGAAGGACGAAAGCUCCAUGGAAUCAUCUACAUGCACCGCAUCACGGACCGCAAGAUGACUGGAACCUCACGGAAAAACAUGAACAUCUUCCGGGAGAUUUGCGGAUACGAUGCGCUGGUCAACGUUUGCAUUACUACCAAUAUGUGGAACGUCGUCGAUCCUAUUGUAGGCGCUACGCGGGAGGAAGAGCUGAAGUCAGAUAGCAUGAUGUUCCAGCCAUUACUCGCAAAAGGAGCCCAAAUGCUUCGCCACUUCGGGACUCGAGAAUCAGCUAUGAAGAUCAUUGACUUCCUUGUGAGAAACACUUCGCCUAGGCCCCUGCUCAUACAAAGGGAACUCGUGGAAGUCAGGAAGGACAUGACAGACACGUCCGCGGCGCAGGAGAUAGAUAGAGAGGUUGCCCUGGAGAGGCAGAAGUAUCGAAAAGAGCUUGACGAACUCAAGGAGCGUAUGGCUGCAGCACUCAAAGAAGGAGAUCUUGAAACACACGGAGAGCUCAAAAGCGACACAGAAUUGGUCAAAGAAAGAAUACAGCAAUUGGAGAAGAGCCGACAGAACGCAUCACAGGUUUACGCUGAAGAAAAACGUCGAGAAGCGGAUCAGCUGCACAAGAUAGUAGCGCAAUCGCCGAAGUUGGGAAGCAGGACAGCGUCGAGGGCGUCACGAGUUCAGAUCGACGAGAAAAGACUCCCACCCACCCCUCAAAUACUCGAUCGCAAGCACUCCUCAAAACGCAAGGAAGUGCCUGGCGAUUUGACCAAGAAAGAACUGGCGGACGUGCGCAUGAACAUCAAGAAAGCAACAAGCCAGCAACUUGCAGACAUCAAAGCGCACGUAGACUUGAGGGAGGAGCAGCUGGCUUCAGGAUCUAGCAACAGGGAGCAGGGUGAAGAGGACGCAAAAGGAGGUCAUAGCAAACACGCGUCCCUGGACUCGAAGAGGAGUAAGUUGAGAAUUCCAUCGGGCUCUAAGCGAAUGAAGACAGAGGGACGUACCGCGCGAGAAGAACAGCCCAACGGUCGAAGACGUCCUCGAGCAUCGAGUAUGCAGCUCAGUACGUCGAAACGCAAGAAGCCCGGCAAGCUCAGCAGUUGGUUCGGUUGCACCGGCGGUGCUGGGCAUGAUGUCACGGACGAGCCAUCGGUUAUACAAUCGACGGAACGUGCGCCGCAGUUGGUUGCACCGAAAUUAGAGGUAGGAUUCUCCGAAGGCGACUCGCUUGCUAUAUACAACAGAUACCGCUCUACUAGCACAUGAAAUACUGUCGGUUUGUUCCACGUUUUUAUCAGUAUGUAGGGGUACGGCUGGCAUAGGGGACUCACGAAUAUCGAUACUGUACAACAUUAUAUUUAUUCGUUAUCAUC